AAUAGCACGCAUACGGGACCAAGUGCGCCGUGCUGUAUGUUGUAUGUACUUGUACUUUUGGCCUACUCAAAUUCAAAAGUUCAUGUUAAGUUUCCCUGGUCCUUAGGCCCAUCACAAAACUGCCAUGACUAACAAGCGACUGGCAGGCAAAGUUUGCCUAGUGACUGGGGCUAGUCGGGGUAUCGGUAGAGGUAUAGCCUUGCAGCUCGGUAAAGCGGGAGCAACAGUCUAUAUAACAGGUCGCACGUUGGACCCGACUGGUACCGAAGGCUCACGGGGCUCCCUUAGGGAGACAGCUGAAGAGGUGGAGGCACGAGGCGGGAAAUGUAUCCCUGUACAGUGCGAUCACGCUGAUGACGAGCAGGUGGAAAAACUGUUUAACCGCAUAUCCCAGGAACAAAAUGGCCGCCUAGAUCUCCUUGUCAACAACGCCUAUGCAGCUGUAAAAACGUUGCUUGCGUGCCAAGGCAAAAAGUUCUGGGAAACGCCUCCCACUUUAUGGGAUGACGUAAACACUGUUGGACUAAGGGGUCAUUAUAUUGCCACAUGGCACGCUGCCCAAUUGAUGAUACCGGCCAAGCAGGGAUUAAUCGUCAACAUCUCAUCCAUUGCUGGACUACGUUAUUACCUCAAUGUUGCAUAUAGCGUGGGAAAAGCUGCGUGUGAUCGUUUGGCCACAGACUGCGCUCUUGAGAUGAAAAAGCACAACGUUGCCAGCGUCUCCCUGUGGCCAGGCGCCGUCAAAACAGAGAUUUUCAUGGAUCUGGUGGCCGCCACAUCAGACACCACCAGCAAAGCCGGAAACACACUGAUUAAUGUCAUCAAAAAUGGAGAGUCGGUGGAAUUUUCUGGAAAAGCUGUCGUUCACCUGGCAAGCGACCCGAACAUUAUGAAGAAGUCCGGACGGGUCCUUCUGUCGGCGGAGUUAGCAGACGAGUACGGCUUUACCGAUAUUGACGGCCGGAGUCCCCCCAACUGGCGGCAGGUCAAGACCAUGUGCAUCAUGUCGGGACACACGUGGCUGGCUGCACUUAUUCCUGGCUUUAUUAAGAUUCCAUUCUGGCUCAUAGCAGCGGGAAAUAGCAAGUUGUAAAGAUAAAUCAAAGAUUUUAAGCCCAACUUCAGCAAACCGAUAACGAAUUAAAGCUAACAUGUUUUUUUUUUCUAUCAAGAUGUCGCAUCCACGCGCCAGAGUUGUAACGAGUCACUGAAUUUUGUUUUGGCGAGUCGAGUCAUUUUAAGGAAGUGGCUUGGGUCGAAUCAUUAGGUCAAGAAGAUCGAGUCGAGUCGAAUUUAUGCUCUAAUAAAUUGCAGAAUGGAAGAAAGAACGUCAGGCACUAAUUUAUUAUGAAGAUCCUAAGACUGCUUCAUGUUACUCAGUAGGCAGCUUCUGCUGGUCGUUUCUACCAAAGAUCUACGUAACAGUUAACAAAAAGUGCAACUUCUGUUUUAUCUCUGCUUUGGCUUUGAGUCUGUACGAUAAUUUGUGCUUUCUACUCAAGUCGAGUCGAGUCUUGUGAUGAGUGACUCGAGUCGAGUCGAGUCAUUUGCUCCCAGUGACUCGAGUCGAGUCAGUUACCCGUUGGGAAUCGAGUCGAGUCGGGUUGCCAAAAAUUGCGACUCGAGUCGGACUGGAGUCGAAUCAUUGACGUCGUUACAACUCUGCCACAGGCUGGCUCAUGCAGCGCGAAGUAUCAGUUGCUAGAAUAUUAGAUAAAUUAAAAAACACACGCAAAAAACACCAACAGUUCUUCGAAAAGCUUAUCUUAUUUUUAAUUAGAAUAUCACAGCUGGUCUGGAGUAAUUGGGAUGGUGGUUUUGGUUAUACUAUGAUUAUGAAUUAAAUCAUCCUCCC